AUGGGAUUCAAGGUUAACGCUGAACUUCGCUCCUGUGGAGGAAGACUGCUCAAAUUGUCUCACGUUUCCGAUGCCUGUAAGAGCACUAUGGAUGUCAACGUGUACUUGCCAGUCCAGUACUAUAAAAAAACUGAGCGCGCCAUUCCAACCAUCUACUACCUUUCAGGGUUGACAUGUACUCCACAAAACGCUUCAGAGAAGGCUUUCUGGCAGGCGCAAGCUGAUAAGUACGGGUUCGCCGUUGUUUUCCCGGACACAUCCCCCCGUGGCGUCGAGAUUCCUAAGGAUCCAGAAGACAGCUGGGACUUCGGAGAGGGUGCUGGAUUCUACGUCAAUGCGACUAUGGAACCCUUCGCAAGGUAUUACAAUAUGUACGACUAUAUUCACAAUGAAUUGCCUGGCCUGUUGGCGAAGCACUUCAGCGCUGGCCCCCAAAAUGCAAAGGUCGACUUUCUAGAGAAUAUUGGGAUCACUGGGCACUCAAUGGGUGGCUUUGGUGCUCUUUCAGGCUACUUGAAAAACUACCGCAACGCUAAAUGGAGGUUCAAGUCAUGCUCUGCUUUUGCGCCGAUAGUGAACCCUUCUGUGGUUCCUUGGGGACAAAAGGCCUUUAGGGGAUAUCUAGGCGAGGACAAAGCCUUGUGGGAACAAUAUGACCCUUGUUGCUUGGUCAAAAAGGUUGAGAAUGCUGGACAUGACACUAUUCUCAUACAUGUUGGUACUAGCGAUCCGUUCCUUGAGAAGCACCUAAAGCCUGAACUCCUGGCAGAAGCGAUCAAGGGAACCUCUUGGGAGGGUAAAGUUAGUAUUAACUUGGUAGACGGAUUCGACCACUCGUAUUACUUCGUCAGCACGUUCGUGCCGGAACACGCAAAGUACCAUGCAGAAAAGUUGGGUCUAGUUUGA